AUAUCCUCUUCAACAGUCUGCCUCACCUCUUUAUAUCUUAUAUAUCUUAUAUAUCUUAUAUAUAUAUCUUUAUAACAUCUCAUCCACCAAAGCUCAAAGGUUCUUUAAAACAGUUUCAAUCAAUCAAUCAAUCGAUUGAUUUUACUUCUGAUUGUGGUUCCAUAUCAAAAAUAAAUAAUAACACAAAUAUACACAGUGCAGUCGAUACCGUACACAUGGUCACAAUAAAACAUUGCAAAUAAAAAAAACUCCAAAAAUGGCUCCUCAUUGCCACAUCUCUGGAGAAAAGUGUGUGCAGCUUUUGGUAGAAUUUAUAUCUUUUAUCAUCCAUUAAGAUUUAUAACUUAUCUGAACUGCAUAUAUACAGUAUAUAUAUAAUAUAUAUAUAUUAUAUAUAUAUAAAUACAUAUAUAUUUAUAUAUAAAUGUAUAUAUAAAUAGAUAAAUAAAUAAUAUAUAUAUAUUUAUAUAUAUAAAUAAAUAUAUAUAGUCAAGCUUAGCUAUUAAAUAUUAAAACGGCUUGUGUCACCCUCUGAUAACUGAGCCAUUGUUGUAGCCCAUUCUUCAUGAAGGGGUGGUUUUAUUUCCUCCAAUGUCUCAGUAGUUUCUGUUUAUCUGUUGUAAAAGCCAGAAUAAUCCUUCUCUGUUCAAUCAGUCCUUUAUAAGGAAACUGCUGAUUAAAAGGAGCCAUGAACCAUUUAUUGUUGUCAGACUGAAGUAAUGUGUCUGAACAGUGGGAGAGGUCCACAAUGAGUAAUGCACUUUGUAAACACACUUCAUACGAGCUUUCCCGUAGAAGUAAUUCAUUAUCUUUUAUCUGCUACACCCAAUAAGUCAUACAUUCAGGCUUGAACUGUGUGUUUACAUUUGAAACUGUAUUGGAUCAUGAGACAGCAGCCGGCUGGGUUUCUCAUUUAAAACAAACACAAUUCUGGACCCAACAGAAUAAAUACAGCCAGGUGUGUCUGUUUCAGCCUCCAUCAGUCCAGAGACUCACCUGCCUCCAACACACCAUGUUCAGCUUCAGGAUCAGCACCACUCUGUUGCUGGCAGCGACCUGUAUGACAGCAGACGUUUCCACAGAGCGAGUCGUCAGCUGUGACGACGGCAUCGCUGUUCAGCGUCUGAACUGUGAGAAUGGAGUGAUCAGUGUGCAGGCAGCUCUGUACGGACGCGCCGACACUGAGACCUGCAGUGAAGGAAAACCUCCACAACAGCUCUCCGACACAAAGUGCUCUCAGCAGGGAACCACCGAUGUCCUCAGGAAACGGUGUGAUGGAAAGAAAUGGUGUGAGCUGAACACAAACGCCGUCCGUACUUCUGAUCCCUGCAGAGGAAUCUAUAAAUACCUGGAGACCAACUACACCUGCUUCCCAGCAAUUCGGCUCGUUGUAUGUGAGCAAAGUCUGGCACCCCUAUAUUGUGCUGAAGGUCAGGUUAUAUUAGUGUACGGUGCUGAUUUUGGACGUCGUGACCGCACCACAUGCUCCUACAAACGACCUGCUUCUCAACUCCAGGACGUCGACUGUUCGGGGCCAACGAGCAAAGUGUCUGAAAGCUGUAAUGGAAAAAACAGCUGUAUUGUCAGAGCGAGCACCUCGGUGUUUGGAGACCCCUGCGUCAACACGUACAAGUACCUGGAGGUGGCUUACGUCUGUCAGUAUCCUGUGUAAACAUAUUGAAAUCACAGUGAUAUCACAAAUACUCUCUCGAAUGAAAAACAAACAAAAAAAUCUCUCAAUCAGUAAAAUGUGUCAUUAGUCUGUGAUUAAGUGAAAUUACAAAUGAUCAAAUUCUAAUUUAAAAGGAAAGCUAUAUAGAGACUGUAAAUCUAAAUGAAAAUCACUGUUACACUUUGUAUGAACUUAAUAAAGACUGGAUCAAUUCUGUUUUUAUUUUGGUAUUAUAUUAUUAUUGAUUUUGGUUCAUAUCUAAUUAUGUUUUAAUGCAUUUCUUCAUCUUAUGUAAUACACUUUGAAUUGUGAUUGUGCCAUACAAGUAACUUUGAACACAAUAAAAUAUUAAGGUGGAAUAGGUAGACAUCAUCUUAAAAAUCUCA